AAAACGUCUUAUUGCCAGACGUGUCUUAGUGUUUAAACUGAAACCUCCAGUUAGGAAAAAUAAUAACAUUGUUAAAGUGAUGCAGUUUGUCAGAGAUUUAAAAAAAAAAAAAAUGUUUCUUGUCAGGAGGGGCAGGAGGGCUUUUACACACCAGAUCUCAUUCAAAAAUGUCAUAUUUUAUUCACGCCAUCAACAGAAAUGGAGUUAGUUUGUUAACAAUCUCUCUCUCUUUCUCUCUCUCUGCUGCUGCCAGCCUGCAUCACACUUAUUUAUUGAUUUAUUUAGGAGGUGUAGCAAACAAAUUCACACACAUGACACCGGAGAGACUGUCUCUGCCUGAGUGCCACCCUGAGUGUUACUGCAGUCCUGUUUCCAGUGUGACAGUGUUAACGUCAUAAUCGGUGUAAUCUUUGUUGCUCUGUUUGAGAAACUGAUUUUUUUUUUUUUUUUUAAAUAUGUUGGCUUUAAACAAAAAGCUUGUGGUCCAGACAGCGUUUAAAACAAAUUGCAGAGAUGCCGUGUUGAAGUUGUAUCGUACUACAGUCGCAAAGGGCUAAUUUCCCCUUAUUCAUAAGCGUGGGGACAAGUGAGACCCUGGUGACUACCGAGGCGUCUGUGUCAGCAGUUUUCUGGGUAAAAUCCUUGAAGACUCCAUCUUGAUUAAAAAUCAAAUUGGCUUCCUCCCAAAAUACCGCACCACUGACACCCUUCACGCUUUAAUUAACAAACAUGGACAAAAAAUGGUAAGACAUUCGCUUAUUUUAUUGACUUCAAGAAAGCUUUCGACUCUAUUUGGCACGCAGGGCUCUAUCACAGACUUAUGUAUGAUCUGGUUAAAUCAGUGUGUUUGUUAAAAUCGGAGACAAACAAACUGAAUCCUUCACCCAGAGCAGAGGUGUUCGUCAGGGCUGCAACUGAACACUUUAUUUAAUGUGUAUAUAGAUGAACCUGUUGUACAGUGCGUGGAUCCUACUACGUCUAGCUGUUGCUGCAAAGUGCUGUCAGACCUGGGCCCUGGCAGGAAAUACGAAGAAAACUAAUGCCGUGAUUUGUCAAAAACGCCCCAGAUGCCAGGAGAACAAAUACCAGUUUACCAAAACUAAUCGUAUCAGUGAACACAGUAUGAGUUAUACCUACCUCGGUAUAACCAUGACAGCAUCAGGGAGUUUCAACACGGCAGUGAAUGCACUAAAAGAAAAAGCUCUAAGAGCUCUAAAUGCAAUUAAGAUUAAAAUUUGGCAGAUACAUUUGACACGUACACAGAAAAACAGAAUUAGGCAGAUACCUGCUGAUAGUUAACAUUCAAAAGUGAGCGCUCGCAUGUUUUAAUCACCUUAAAUCCAGCCCUCCAAACCCAAGAGAUGAGCCCAGAAAAGAGCGCCCUAUGUCAGCUGGAGCUGAGACUGACUACUGGCCCUCAAAAAGAGACGAUGAACUGGCAGAAUAUCUCUCUGCUGUCAGGGACAGAAAGCAGAGACAGGCUUCCCAACAAACUGUAUUGUCUUCGUCUCCACAGAUGAACCUCAGUUGUUUCAGCUCAUCCGACCCAGCUGCUGUGAACGCCAACCUGGUGUACGAUGAAGACACUGAAAGUGGGGAUCUCUGGAGCAGAAGCAGUCAGGACGUCCCCCUCCCCCUCUGUUCCUCCUCCUCCCCCCCUCCUGACUCCCGCUGCCUGGUCUGUUGGGACCAAAUCGUCUUCGCCGUGUGCCGUAGCCUGACGGACGGUGUGAAAAUAAUAAUGGAGGCUGUUGGAGCGCAGGUCAAAAUCUCAAAGAGCGGAUGCCCCAAACUUCCCUCUGAUGAUGCUCACGCGGUACAGCUGCACAGUCUCAUCGCCGCCGCCAUUACCUCCGUCCUCCUCCUCCUCAUCAUCAUCGGGGUGGGCUGCGGCUAUAAACGCUGGAGACGCUCCAAAACUGAAAAGGAGUGCGGAGAGGUUCAACACGCAGUCAAACCGGCGAGCUUAAACUGCGGCUCAGCGCUUGAUGCCGGAGGGGGUGAUGACAUCACCAAGGCUGACAACUGAAUGUAUCAUGUGAUGUCAUCACAGAGACAGAAGUUGACUGAUGCUAUUAUAUUUAAUGGUGGGGUGUGUGCGAUUCUAAUCCAGUACACGUCUUUUUGUCAGAUUCAGCAAAUAUCUCCUGACGGUCCGCUGGCUGUCCGUUCAGCGUGAGCGCUGAGAAACCCUCCGGUGUUUGUACACAGCCAUGAUUUGUGUGUCAGGUGACGUUAAACGACCUGCCCACGGACAUUCAGCUUGCUUUCUAGUUUGCCAAGAUGCUGCUGUUGUUGUGAUGUUAGCUAUAGCAGCAGGAGAGUUGUGAGCGUCGCUGUCUGGAGCUGCUGUGCUGGCUCUGGGAAACCGUCUCGUCCUCUCAAACUGUCCCUACAGCAGCAACCCACAACCUAGCUAACGUUGGUUACAUUACUUGCUGGUGUUGUCGUUCACUCUCUAUCAGGGCUAGUCAGUUACAAAUUCAAUUGGGCCAGAUUUUCAAACCAGGAAAUGCAGAUGGGCCAGACAUUUUCAGCAGCCUACUUAAAACCUUUUGUUUAGUUUUUGGUAAAUUUUGAAACAAAUGCAAAUGAAUGAAAUAAAAAAUAGAUGGCGGUAAAAUUAACAAACACUCGCCAGUCCAGGCGGCGUUAAACUGACGGGUUUCAUUGUCGAAUUUGCGUUUCACGGUUUUCAGAGACACGUUUUCAGCAGAGCACUUCCUGCUUGCGACUGCCGACAGCCAGAUGUGUUGAAAAGCUGCUCAGCUGGUCGGAGCUCACGUGAGAAAACGUUGAUUUGUGAAAGAUGUGAUCGGCGGCGGCACUACAUCCGUGAACAUCCUGCCCGAUUGGUACUGAGCAUGUGCAGCUCUCAGCAGAGAUGAGAAGGAAGCGAGACGGCUCCCUCGUUAGCUGCUUCCACACACUGUAUAUGUAGUUUACUUAUUUUGUCACAUAUCAGAUUCAUGUACGCUGGGCCGCUCGGAGGCUGCUGCUGGGCCAGAUGUGGCCCGCGGGCCGCCAGUUGAAUAGGCCUGAUCUAUAUCAUAGUAUUUGUCGUGGCAUUGGAUUUCUCCAGAAUCGCAUACCCCACCGUUAAGAAGAGUACUUAUUAGGGGAGCCCCGGUAGCUCACCUGGUAGAGCGCACAUCCCAUGUGAAAAUCUUUUAAUAUUUGAAAUGAAAAUUGCAUUUAUAGCUUCGCAAGUCUGAAAAUGUUUGGUUUAGGUACCUUGAAGGUGCUUGAAUUUAUGCUUAAAGAGCUGUACGAGUUUAUUCACUCAUUUGUAUGUUUAGUAGUUUAAUAAACCUUUCAUUUAAAAAGAA